AUGUAUAGAAAAUUAUACCUUCUUCUGGAUCAAACACCGCCAGUUCCUUUCUCACCGCCUUCCCCAUCACCUCCGCCAUCUAAAUCAAGAUCCCCCUCACCUUUAACAGAAACUAUGCGUGUCGUAAAAGGAGAAACAUCUUCCCGACAAUCCUAUCAACGUUCUGCUAAAGGAAAUGUUUCAAUUUUGGAAGCUUCCCCUGAAGGCAAAUACAUUGUAAUCGAGAAUACCCAUCGUUCAAAAGAAGAGAAUAUUGGCGAGUGGAAAUUGAAACGACGCAUAGAUGGAAAACGUGAUAUUGUGUACACCCUUCCUCAUAACUUUGUCCUUCGACCAAUGGCACGUUUAAAAAUUUGGGCACGUAAUCAAGGUGGCCUUCAUGCGCCUCCCGAUCAACUUGUAUAUGAUGGUGAGGAGUCAUUUGGUGUUGGAUCUAAUGUGCACACAAUUCUCUACAAUAAAGAAGGAGAAGAACGUGCUGCGUGUAUUCAACGUUCAAGCCAAACAGCAGCUUAA